AUGGACGGCAGCAUCAGCGAAAGCGCGUCGACAGUCCGCACACUGUCAGUCCCAAUUCACAUCUUGUCCGAGCUGCAGGAGGUGAACAGCAGUCAGGAGAACGUCGCCACCAGCAGCAACAUGAGCCUGUCACUGCCAUCGUCCCCACGCUCAAGUGCCUUGCCGUCGCCCCCAGACAGUCCCUCAGACUCAGUGUCCUCGCUGCCAUCUGUUACUUCAUCUUUCUUCUUCAGCUCGGCGGCGGCAAGCCCUGGCCACUUUGCUCAACCGCUAGAUCACGAUCAGGACCAUGCAAGCAAUCAUUCAGGUGCAUCGGCGGCUCGAAAUGCGACUAGUGGACUGAUUAUUCCUUCACUUACGCUACCGCCAGCGUUGCGGAGGCCCACGCCAUAUGGCCAAACUCUUGGAGAGGUCCGAUUACUGGUACUCGGGCGACAGGGAGCGGGGAAGAGCUUCCUGACGGGGUUGUUGUUUGAGGACAACGAGGAGGUUGUCGAGGUUGGCACCUGGGAGGAUCCGGUCGGGGAAGACGGCGAAGGAGACGAUGAAAUGGUUCUCCUUGGGAUGGCAGGUGCCAAAGUGCUGCGAGCGUCGACAGACUGGGUCGAGCACACUGAUGCCCACGGCCUGGAGAAGUUCGAACCCGCCCGGAAUGUGGAGAUCGUGGAAUUUCCUGGUUACGACGCUAUGACCGAUGGAAACGCACUCGUCGACAACCUCAGAAGUGUAGGCUCCUUCCUGGACUUCCACCUGAGCUUCACUUACACUUCAAGAUCAGCCCCAACAGCAUUGGACCGUUUAAUCAUCGACUCUCUCGGAGGGGACAUUCCCAUUAUUGUCCUCUCGACUCCCCCUUCAUCGUACCCCGUUUCUUCGUCCUCAUCCCCGCAUGCCUCCUCCCCAGCGCUUCAUCCCACCGCUACAUCGUUCAUCUCAUCGUUUACCCGCAACUCACGUUCCAAGCUUUCAGCAUUCCGUCCGUCCAAUGCAGGCGCUGUGAAGAAUGGUGUGUUCCGCUCCCCGGAAACGAUCUCGGUCUUGCGAAUGGAAGCGGCAGAGCGCUUCAUGCGAUGGCGCGAAGUCGAACGUGCAGUGGCUGGCGUCUUGCAUGAUGCGCCAACUUCUCACAGACUCGAGUCUAUUGGCCCCAAACCGCGAUCAAGCAACAAGUCGGCCUGGGAUCGAUGGGACAAGGAGAAGUGGGAACGAGAAUGGAUGGAAGACUUUUCGAGAGACGUUAGCAUUCGGCUGCAAGAGAGGGGCUCGAGGCGCAGGGAAGUGGGUGUGGACGAGCAGCCGACGGAGCAUGGGGCGCCUCCGCCCCCUUAUAACGAUGACACCAGCAGCAUCCUGGAUGGUGAUAUUCCAGCCUCUCCGGCCUAUUCCUCUGCGAACUCCGAGAAGGGGUCUCCAUCCAGCUGGCAUAACACCCUCAUACCCCAUGCACAACCAUUCGACCCGCUGCAUCUCCCUUCCCUUUUCCUCUUCACGGUGUCGAUGCUCGGACCGCUGAAGGCCCGCCUUUUCGGUGCCGUGCGCUCGAGCGCAAAGGGAUACUGGGCUGACACUGCUUCACCGGCUGAAGCUGGACCUGUGCGCAUUGCCGAUGCACAGGACGCGGAGAAGCCGACGCAGUGGAGGUGGUUUGUUCUUGGCGGAUUGGUGACCGAUCCCUGUUCUGCAUUGUCCAACUUGACUCCUCAGCUUUACUGCUUUGGCACCGCGGUUCCAGGCAAUUCUUGCCUUCUCGCUUCUUUGCAAUGGUUAAUUCUGUUUCUUUUGCAACAAGUUGACUCGGGCUGCGUUCAAUCGCCGGGCACCAUUCACGGAGGAUCGAAUACUCAAUUGGGAUUUUCACCUCUCGUGCAGUGUGGUUGUUUGUGUAGUGUCAUGCGGGUAACUAAGCUCGAUACCUUGAUAUCCAAAUGUCGCUCGGAGGCUGGCAAUAGCGACAACCCAGAAGUAGCUGCAACGGUCUUCCAUAGCAGUGGCAGCAACCUAUUGCAACCUAUCCGCGACGCCAGGCGGCUCUUUGGAGUCCGGGACUUGGAUCAUUGCGGAGGUGGCGCUCGUUCCCCGCCAAAUGUAAAUCUACUGUCUACAUAUUGGGCGACGUUGGAUUGGGCGGUAGAACGAGGACCACAGCAAGCACGUAGAGAUAGAGUACGAAUUCCCCAAGUCCUAGGCCUCGAUUCGAAUAGACUCGAAAGCACGUACAUGGUAUAUCCCCAUCCCCGCCGUCAAUGCGUCACCCGUGGUCUAUCCGCGCUUCCUAAUGAGGUGGAGACGGGUGAUGGGUGGCGACGGUCGUCAGAGGUACUAGUAGCGUCACUGCGGUGGGGAAUCACCUUCGUCACGGUAAUGACCGGAAAAUCCGAAUUCGUGUUGAAGAGUCUUGGAGGACCACAUGAUUUAGGCGUUGGCGGGUCUAUGGAAGAGAAGUGUGGGGUGGUAGAUGGGAUGGAUGGAAUGGGAGGAAAUAUCGAGAAGAGUCAAGUGCACUUGCAACGGCUUUUGUUCCCCACUCGCAUAGAUAUAGGAAAUAAAGUUCUCGAUGUCAAUAUCAGAAGUGUGGUGAUAAGACUGGAAUAUUCUGUGGUUACUUAUGUUCGCCGUGACAACCUAAGCGAGGACAGUUCCCUCGCCCCCGCCACGACAAAAGCCAUCAAAUCCCAAGGAUCAACAAAGGGCUGGAAGCGAGUUUAUGAAUCAAUGAAAAAUGCGUGCUGUCAAUACAGUGCCAGAUCCCAAUGUGGUGGUGCGUGGUCGUCGCGAACGAUAGACUAUCCGUUCAAGUCUAUCACUCACUGCAGGAUUCCUAACGCCGAGAAUGACGAUAGCUACUAUCCGCCAGCAGCGGAACGACGGGUGAAAGUCGGUCUUGUUGAGGACCGGAGCCCUGGAGCAUGGCUGUUGCAGGGAAAGAAGCUCGAUCAGUCGACACAAGAGGAGAGGAUGAAACCACGCGGACAGGGGCUGUGGAUCCAAAAGGAGAAGUUGCGGAGUGUGAAAGGCUCGGCUCGGGGGUCGCCAAAACAACGAGCAAACAUUACCACGGGUGCUUGUUGUGGUUCUUGCUGUGUUGUCCCUUAUAAUCACCCCCGAUUCGCUUCUUUGGUUUUUCGGUUCCCAGCUCGCCCUCGUCGCUGUCGCCCUCGCCGCACAUCGAGCUCGUCGUCGUUCGUCGCGACCGCCGUCGUUGCUGGACUCGAAUCCCUCGGUCUUGGUCUCCUGCGCUCACGGUUUUCUUUGGUGUUCGAGGCUGUCCUGGCAGUUUGGUUUGCAGUGCAUCGCAGCCAGAAUAUGCUCCUUAAAGUCCGCCUGCCAACGUCAAUCCCACAGAUACCACAGAUACCCAAGAUGUCCAUGCCACCUCUGCCCCUCUCCAUGUCAGACGUCGACCUCACCCUGUCCGUCUUCCCGUCCUCGUCAACCAUUCUGCUCUCCCUAUUGGCCGUCUUCAUCCUCACAUCGUUCGUUCGUGCCCUUUGGAUUGGUCUGAGAGAACACCUGGCUCUGGUCAAGGAGAAGAGACAGCAGCAGCAGCACUCAACACCGACCCAGUCCCUGACAUCACCGACAGAGAAGAGCGCCAUCGCUUCUCAAGGACAAGACACACGCCCACCCACUUCGUCAUGGCUGUGGGGCCUCCUCCGCCUCUCAGCUUUGAGGGCUCCACCAUCACAGUCGGAAGAGUGCGCCUACCCCAGCGAGAAACAGGCGUGGUCCCAGCCUCAGUUUCAGCCUCGACGUCCACACUUGAUGUCCCAAGUGGGCAGGCGCACCGGCCCUGCGUUUGACCGACCUCUGCCUACCCUCUAUGAAUCGGAUAUCCCCGUCUCCAUGGCCAAAAUGAUCAUGUCCAGACAUAGAUGGAGGUGCACUGCCGUCCAUCUCGUUAUCAUCAUUCUGCGAUAUGAUGCUGAUGCAGUAUACGUUGCAGACUUUCCGCCGCCCGUCUUCACGCCCACCACCCGCCCGCUCAGCGUCUUCCAUCCAGAUCCAGCGGAAAACGCCCAUGCUCCCACCACAGGCGUCAUCCUCGCUAUCUCGCCCCGCCACACUGCCGCCGUCUCGAUCUCCAUCUCCUCCAUCACCUACAGGCAGUCUAUCGAGGUCCCCUUCACGAUCACCAUCGCCACCCCGGUUAUCACCACCACCGCCAGUAGGGCCGAGUUCAGAGGAUUCUCUAAGAUCCUCGGGAUCUAUUGUCUAGACGGGCUACUUUCGAUUUCUCCCAGCAAGCACUUGGUCCUUUUCGCUAGACGUUCUGCAUCUGUUUUCGGCACAAACUUGUAUUUCUAUGUCCAAGUUCCGACGACGUGA